AUGGCUGCUGCAUACAAAAGCUCGACCAGGUGCCGUCGAACUCGGGAACUUGAGAUGAGUCAUAAAAACAGCAUAGUCCGUUGGAGUGACUGCAGACGCCUAUACCCAAGCUACCGUCAGCAACUCCAACCCGUUGCUCGCCGACACCAGCACUGCGACUACUAUCAAAAAGUCGACAGAAGCACAUCAUCUCUCAAAACCUCGCGAUCCUAUCCUCUGAUCGUUCCAGAUACCGGCAGCGAAACCUGGCCAGUUCGUCGGCAAGCGUCACAAACUCCGGCUCGGGUCAAGAUGCCUCCUAGCGUAAACUAUGUUCGGCCGACCCGUCCGGAAGACUGGGAGCCAUACCGCGCCACCAUUGAGGAGCUGUACAAGACGCAGAAGCUCAAGGAUGUCAUGAACACGAUGGAGAGGGUUUACUUUUUCAAAGCAACAACGCGACAGUACAAGACCAAAAUCAAGGAAUGGGGCCUCGACGACAAGUACAUCAAGACCAGCGAGUACAUCGGCAUCCUCAAGGAGAAGAGGAGGCUAGAGCGCGAGGAUCCGGACCGCAGCUAUGAAUUCUAUCUGCGCGGCAAGCACGUCGAGAGCUCAUCCAUCAUGCGGUUCGAGAGCCGGGCCAUCAAAAGAGGGCUGAUACAGCCUGGCGAGACAUUAUCUGACAGGGAAUCUCUCGGAGAUGAGCUGCAGCAUUUUCCUUCAAACGAGGUCUACGCUGAUGAUGGCGAAUACGAGGACUAUUAUGGCUACUAUGACGCGAGCCAGUCACAAUAA